UGCCUCCCCGCGCCCGGCUGAGGGAACUCGGCGGCGGCGGUGGCGCCGGGGCCCGCGCGGCCGGAGGGGGGCGGCCGAGGCCGGGCAUGGUGGCCGGGGGCAACGCGGAAGAAGCUCCACCAUGAGGCGAAGUGAAUGGAGGAAACGAGCUGAAAAUGAUGGCUGGGAAAACUGGAGUGGAUAUAUGGCUGCCAAGGUCCGGAAACUGGAGGAACAGUUUCGAUCCGAAGCUGCUAUGCAGAAGGAUGGAACUUCAUCUACCAUUUUUAGUGGAGUUGCCAUCUAUGUUAAUGGCUAUACAGACCCUUCUGCCGAGGAGUUGAGAAAGCUGAUGCUGCUGCACGGAGGCCAGUACCAUGUGUAUUACUCCAGGUCCAAAACGACACACAUUAUUGCCACGAAUCUCCCUCAUGCCAAAAUUAAGGAGUUGAAGGGGGAGAAAGUAAUCCGACCAGAAUGGAUUGUGGAAAGCAUUAGAGCCGGACGCCUCCUGUCGCACAUCCCGUAUCAGCUGUACACCCAUCAGUCCAGUGUCCAGAGAGGCCUCGGCUUUAAACCUGUGUGCAAGCCCGAGGACCCCUUGCCGGGUCCGAGCAACGUGGCCGAACAGUUCAACAACAGGCAAAGUCACAUCCUUAAGAAGAUUGAGCCGGAACAUGAAACCAGAGCCAACGGAACGGGCAGCUGGGAUGGAGAGGACUCCGGCGCUGACCCUGAUUCUGUGGAGCUGGAGCGGGCCUUGCCGGGAAGGAAGCAGAACGGACUCCCACUCCCUGGCCCUGGCACGGCCGUGUGCAACGGACACGCCCGCAGCUCGAAUGGUGCCUUAUCGACCCAGGAGUGCUGGGUGCCCGCGGGGAGCGGUGCUGCCAGCAGUCCCCCUCCGGACCGUGCCCGGGUGGAGGGCAGGGUGGACAUGGGCAGCCCUGAGUGUGGAGACUGCAGCCAGGAGCCUGCUGCUGGGCGGGCCCUGCACAGGACUCGGCGCCCCGCCAAGGUCAACGGUGCCCAUGCCGCCGCCGAGGGGCCCUCAGGCACGAGAAGCACUUCCGUGGUGCCCACAGCGCCGGCCCGGCCCUGGGACUGCAGCUUUAUCUCAGACUUCUACUCCCGCUCGAGACUGCACCACAUCUCGACGUGGAAGUGUGAGCUGACUGAGUUUGUCAAUGCCCUCCAGAGACAGAGUAGUGGUGUCUUCCCAGGAAGGGAAAAGUUAAAAAAAAUGAAAGCAGGCAGGUCUGCACUUGUUGUGACUGACACAGGAAAUAUGUCAGUGUUGAGUUCACCCAGACAUCCGAGCUGUAUAAUGCAUGUUGAUAUGGAUUGCUUCUUUGUAUCAGUGGGUAUACGAAAUAGACCAGAUCUCAAAGGAAAGCCAGUUGCCGUUACAAGUAACAGAGGCACGGGAAGGGCGCCGUUACGUCCGGGCGCCAACCCCCAGCUGGAGUGGCAGUACUACCAGAGCAGGAUGCUGAGAGGCAAAGCAGCAGAUAUACCAGAUUCAUCAAUGUGGGAGAGUCAAGAUUCUGCACAAGCAAAUGGAAUUGAUACUAUUUUGUCAAAGGCUGAAAUUGCAUCUUGUAGUUAUGAAGCCAGGUAUGUAAAAAGUUAAGUGUCUUAACAUUUAUUGAGUGUUUAAUUUAGUUAAUUGUUUUUAUAUAAUCUUUGGAAGUGGAUUCAGACAUACUAAUAAGGUGUAGGAUUUAACUUUGCAUUUAAAUAUGUUACAUUUAUGGAAAGGAAUUUUUCUAGUCUCAAUCACUUACAAAUGUGAGGUAACUAAAUAAGUAACUUAAUAGUUCCUGGCAAACCUGUUGCAGGACCUACAGUGGAAAUAAAAAGAAAUUGGGCACUCUUGGUUUUUUAACCAUUGUCUCUUGAAACAUGGAAUUAAAGAUUAGAUAUUUUUGAAUGGAAGAGGACUUUAAUACUCAUCUCCUGUAAUCUUUCCUUUAUGAAAUUUACUGUAAUAAAUGAUUAAGUAACAUACGGGUGUGUUUUGGGUUGUUUGUGUGCCUUUUU